GCGUGGACCCCGGUGGUAGGCGCUGCGCGUGCGUGAGGCUGGAGCAGGGGGCGGGGUGACAGGGGCCGGGGAUCCUGGGCCCGAAUGGCUGCGAGCUCAGAUUGUCACCCAGGUCCUCGUGAUCUAAAGCCCAAAACAAAACCAACACUUGCUUGGGUUAACUGAACAAAGUCAAUACAAAUAAAUAUGGAAAAUGAACCAGACCAUGAAAGUGUGGAACAGACCCUCUGUGCCAAGACUACUGAAGAAGAACUGAAUAAGACUUUCAAUCUAGAAGCUUCACUUUCAAAAUUCUCUUAUAUAGAUCUGGACAAGGAACUGGAAUUCAAAAAUGACUUGAUUGAUGACAAGGAGUUUGAUAUUCCUCAAGUUGAUACACCACCAACACUAGAAAGCAUACUAAAUGAGACUGAUGAUGAAGAUGAUUCUUUUGUUCUUGAGGAUCCUACAUUGUUAAACAUCGAUGCUAUUGAUUCUCACUCCUAUGAUACUUCAUCUGUGGCAAGCUCAGAUAGUGGUGACAGGACCAACUUAAAAAGGAAGAAAAAAUUACCUGAUUCUUUUUCACUCCAUGGAUCUGUUAUGCGACAUUCCCUUUUGAAGGGAAUUUCUGCCCAGAUAGUGUCUGCAGCUGACAAAGUAGAUGCUGGCUUGCCUACAGCAAUUGCAGUGUCCAGUCUCAUAGCGGUGGGAACAUCUCAUGGAUUGGCUUUAAUAUUUGAUCAAAAUCAAGCUUUGCGACUCUGUCUGGGUAGCACCAGUGUUGGAGGUCAGUAUGGAGCCAUCUCUGCCCUCAGUAUUAACAAUGACUGCUCAAGACUUCUUUGUGGCUUUGCUAAAGGACAGAUCACCAUGUGGGAUUUGGCCAGUGGAAAACUCCUAAGAUCAAUAACAGAUGCUCAUCCUCCAGGAACAGCUAUAUUGCAUAUCAAGUUUACAGAUGAUCCAACUCUUGCCAUUUGCAACGACAGUGGAGGCUCUGUUUUUGAACUGACAUUUAAAAGAGUGAUGGGAGUGAGAACAUGUGAAUCUAGAUGUCUGUUCAGUGGUUCCAAGGGUGAGGUUUGCUGUAUUGAGCCUCUGCACUCUAAGCCUGAAUUGAAGGAUCAUCCCAUCACCCAGUUUUCAUUAUUGGCCAUGGCAUCCUUAACAAAGAUACUGGUCAUUGGAUUGAAACCCUCCUUGAAAGUGUGGAUGACUUUUCCCUAUGGACGGAUGGAUCCUUCCAGUGUUCCACUGCUGGCCUGGCACUUUGUAGCUGUGCAUAAUUAUGUGAAUCCCAUGCUUGCCUUCUGCAGAGGAGAUGUUGUUCAUUUUCUGUUGGUUAAAAGGGAUGAAUCCGGAGCAAUACAUGUUACGAAGCAAAAGCAUCUUCAUCUGUACUAUGACCUCAUCAACUUCACUUGGAUAAAUUCACGAACGGUUGUGCUCUUGGACAGCGUAGAGAAGUUGCAUGUGAUUGAUCGACAGACGCAAGAGGAGCUGGAAACAGUGGAGAUCUCAGAAGUUCAGUUGGUCUACAACAGCAGCCAUUUCAAAUCGCUGGCCACCGGAGGGAACGUCAGCCAGGCGCUGGCUUUGGUUGGAGAGAAGGCUUGUUACCAAUCCAUCAGUAGCUAUGGUGGUCAGAUCUUUUAUUUGGGGACAAAAUCUGUUUAUGUGAUGAUGCUGAGAAGCUGGAGAGAGAGAGUGGAUCAUCUUCUGAAACAAGAUUGUCUUACAGAAGCCUUGGCUCUUGCGUGGUCUUUCCAUGAAGGAAAAGCAAAAGCAGUAGUGGGAUUAUCAGGGGAUGCCAACAAGCGAAAGGCUGUUGUUGCAGAUCGCAUGGUAGAAAUCCUGUUCCAUUACGCAGAUCGAGCUCUGAAAAAGUGCCCAGACCAGGGGAAAAUCCAAGUGAUGGAGCAGCAUUUUCAGGAUAUGGUACCUGUCAUAGUUGAUUACUGCCUUCUGCUGCAACGAAAGGAUCUUUUAUUUGGCCAGAUGUAUGACAAAUUAAGUGAGAAUUCAGUGGCCAAAGGAGUGUUUUUGGAGUGUCUUGAGCCAUAUAUUUUGAGUGAUAAAUUGGUGGGGAUCACACCCCAGGUAAUGAAAGACUUGCUUGUUCAUUUCCAAGAUAAAAAGUUAAUGGAAAAUGUGGAAGCGCUCAUUGUACACAUGGAUGUUACCAGCCUAGACAUUCAGCAGGUGGUUCUCAUGUGUUGGGAAAAUCGCCUGUAUGAUGCUAUGAUCUAUGUCUACAACAGAGGCAUGAACGAAUUUAUUAGUCCAAUGGAGAAACUUUUCAAAGUAAUUGCUCCUCCUCUGAAUGCAGGAAAAACACUUACAGAUGAGCAAGUUAUUAUGGGCAACAAGCUUCUCGUAUAUAUUAGCUGUUGUCUAGCAGGUCGUGCCUAUCCGUUGGGUGACAUCCCUGAAGAUCUUGUUCCCUUGGUUAAAAACCAGGUUUUUGAAUUUCUAAUUCGCCUGCAUUCGGCAGAAGCUUCCCCUGAGGAAGAAAUCUAUCCGUAUGUCCGGACUCUGCUACAUUUUGACACAAGAGAAUUUCUAAAUGUAUUGGCGUUGACUUUUGAAGAUUUUAAAAAUGACAAACAAGCUGUGGAAUAUCAACAGCGAAUUGUGGAUAUUUUGUUGAAAGUUAUGGUGGAGAAUUCUGAUUUUACUCCCUCUCAAGUAGGAUGUCUCUUCACAUUUCUGGCUCGUCAGCUUGCAAAGCCUGACAAUACUUUGUUUGUAAACAGAACACUUUUUGAUCAGGUUCUUGAAUUCCUCUGUAGUCCUGAUGAUGACUCUCGGCACUCUGAACGACAGCAGGUCCUUUUAGAAUUGCUGCAGGCUGGGGGCAUAGUUCAAUUUGAAGAGAGUCGGCUCAUCCGCAUGGCAGAAAAAGCUGAGUUCUACCAAAUUUGUGAAUUUAUGUAUGAACGUGAACAUCAGUAUGACAAAAUUAUUGAUUGCUACUUACGUGACCCACUGAGAGAGGAGGAAGUCUUUAAUUACAUUCACAAUAUCUUAUCCAUUCCUGGACACAGUGCAGAGGAGAAGCAGUCUGUAUGGCAGAAGGCAAUGGAUCACGUUGAGGAGCUCGUGUCCCUGAAGCCCUGUAAAGCUGCAGAGCUGGUUGCUACUCACUUUUCUGGACAGAUUGAAACAGUCAUAAACAAACUGCAGAACCAGGUUUUGCUUUUCCAAUUUUUGAGAAGUCUUCUUGACCCAAGGGAAGGUGUUCAUGUAAAUCAAGAAUUGCUGCAAAUAUCUCCCAGUAUUACAGAGCAGUUCAUUGAACUGUUGUGUCAAUUCAGCCCAAACCAAGUUAUAGAGACCCUGCAAGUCCUUGAGUGCUACCGCCUAGAGGAAACUAUUCAGAUUACUCAGAAGUAUCAGCUUCAUGAGGUCACUGCUUAUCUGUUAGAAAAGAAAGGAGACAUUCAUGGAGCCUUCUUAAUAAUGCUAGAGAGACUACAAAGCAAACUUCGAGGGAUAACCCAUCAAGAUACCAAAGAGGAUCCCUCCUUGAAGGAUGUUGAAGAUACCAUGGUAGAGACAAUUGCUCUUUGCCAGAGAAAUUCACAUAAUUUGAAUGAACAGCAGCGAGAGGCUUUGUGGUUCCCAUUACUGGAGGCAAUGAUGGCCCCUCAGAAGCUGUCCAGUCCUGCUGCACCUCACCUGCAGGCUGAGGCGCUGAAAUCUUUGACCAUGCAAGUCCUAAACAGCAUGGCAGCUUUUAUUGCCCUUCCAUCCAUCCUGCAAAGAAUCUUACAGGAUCCAGUUUAUGGAAAAGGAAAACUUGGAGAAAUCCAGGGACUUAUUCUGGGGAUGUUAGAUACUUUUAACUAUGAACAGACUCUGCUAGAAACAACUACUAGCCUUCUAAACCAAGAUCUCCACUGGUCAUUGUGUAACCUGAGAGCAUCAGUCACCAGAGGACUGAAUCCCAAACAGGACUACUGCUCCAUAUGUUUGCAGCAGUACAAGCGACGCCAAGAAAUGGCUGAUGAAAUUAUUGUCUUUAGCUGUGGCCAUUUGUAUCACUCAUUCUGUCUACAAAACAAAGAAUGCACCAUAGAAGUUGAAGGCCAAACAAGAUGGACAUGUUACAAAUGCAGCUCAAGUAACAAAGUAGGAAAACUAAGUGAAAAUUCGUCUGAAGUUAAAAAGGGAAGGAUAACCCCAUCACAGGUAAAAAUGUCGCCAUCAUAUCAUCCAUCCAAAGAGGAUCCUGCUGUGAAGAAGCUCAUCAAGACUUCCAGGCUGUAUGUGGGCUGUCACUCUGUUCCACAAUCCAGAUAGUGCUUCUAAAAUUCCAAGAGGAGGGCAUUUGGCACAGAGGUUAAGACACUGCUUGAGAUGCCCACAUCUCAUAUCAGAGUCCCAGUUCCUGGAUUCAAGUCCUGACUCUGCUUCCCAUCCAGCUUCCUGCAAAUGCACACCCUGGGAGGCAGCAGGUGGUGGCUCAAGUACUUGGGUCCCUGCCAGUGAGUUCCUAGAUCCUGGCUUUAGCCUGGCUCAGCCCCAGCUAUUGCAGGAAUUUGAGACAUGAACCAACAGAUGGAAGAUACUGUCUGUUGCUCUUACUCUCAUUUUCCCCCAAUCAUAAGCAAACUAAAUAAAUAAUUUUUAAAAUUUCCUGGAAAUUGUGAUUAACUUCAUCUUUCAAAGAUCACAGUUCUACUCUGCCUUUUGUUCAAAGUUUGAAAACAACAGUUGUAUACAUUUUGCCCAACUUUAUAUUUAAUUAUGAUGGGAAAGCUACUCCAGUGCAGUACUGUUGCUUUAUAAUAGGACUAUUUGGGAACAUCUAGUAUUGUGUAAUAUGUUAGCUUCAGCCAGCUUACAUCUUCUCAUUUCACUUUACUCCCUGCCUUUCACCUUCCAACAACCCAAUCCUACAGAGCAGUGGUCCAGAAGUCUUUCUCUCCUUCAGACAGCAAAGUCCUCUCUACAAUAAGCACAGUGCAACCAUACGUCUCACUGUUCUCCUGCCUAUGGUUUGUAGUUACACUGUGUAUUGCUUUGAGGGCUGCACCUGCUUUUUCAGUUGAUUCUAUACUCAUCUUGUUACCCGGUAACCAUAAGUAGGUCCAUCUGAUUAGGACAGGCAGGAAUAUGGGGACUGGAAAUGCCUCAGCAGUCCUGGCUCCGGGAGGAAACCAUGAGGGAGCUGCCCCUCAGAGCACCGCGCUGUCAUCACAGAGGCUCACGGCGGCAUCCAGCAAGGCUGCUGGAUUUUUGUCUCAAGUAGGCAACAACCAGUGGGAUAAUCCCAGGGAGCAAGCUUCAUUACAUGUAUGAGAUUGUCUCCCCUGUUUGGAUUUUAUGUUAGCAUGGCCAAAUGCCAGGCCAGUGUAAGACAAAGGCAGGGUUCUGACGUGCGUAGAAGAUGCCAGCCACUAAGAAGCUUCUGCAGUAACUGUGCUUCCCACUAUAAAAAUAGUCUCAGGGUAUAUUUUAGGUCUUCCCUUCUUAUCCAGUGGCCACAGUAUACCAAGUGGCAAGACUCUGGGUGUGCAUAGGACAUGCCCCCGGGUAAGAGUGAAACUGAUGGUCGCUGCCCCCGUCACCCAUCUCAUCCCACAGCACUGCUGUUUUCAUUUGUGUCGUGGAAAGUCCUACCCGCGACCCUGACAUCGCUGGAUACUGGCUCCCUUACCUGGGAGGUGACAGCAUCCAGCAAUGAUUUUCUAAUGUGUUUGGGAGCUUGAGCUUCUUGUUUGUGUGCAGCACUUACACUACGGUGGCCAGCCCUUCUAAUAGAACACUUCCUGUCAAGAAAUUGGGCAGGUUUUAAUGAAUUUGAUGAAGGAACUGUGUUAGUUAUCUAACAAUUCAGACUUCAUUCUGUAGAUGUCUCAUCAGUUGUUUGGGGUUUGCUUUCUUGUUAUGUUUUUUAAUCAGUUCUUUCCUUUUUAUUUUUAGCAUAGUGAGAUCAUCAGCUUUGCCAUCACAGAUUUUCCCCAGGCCAUUCCUCUCCUAGCAGGCCAGGCACAGGGUAGCCAAGCAUGUGCAGGUGCAGUGUGUGCGCCUCAGACCUCUCAGCCGAUUUGGACGUUUCAUUUUGUGAGAGGGAAAAUGUGCAGAUUAACCUAACAGGCAAAACCAGCCAUGUUCGUGGAAAGCUCGCCUUCUCCAUGGGUACAUGGGUCCACGUCCUGUCAGAUUCCCCAGACACCUGCCACUCCCCUCGUCCCGGGAACCCACGGUCCCAGUGCCUUUGUUGCCUCUGUGACACCUCAGGUUUGUCAGGUGGUUCAGCCGCUGCGGGGCCGCCCUGCUCUCGCACACUGCUCUUCAAUGUGUGUGGACCUCGGCUUCCUCACACACGUCGGGGACAAUAACUUCUGUGCCCGUGGGCUUCCAUGUGCAGCCAGCAGGGGCCAGAGACUGAGGCCUGAGGCCGGCGGGAGAUGUGUGUUUUCUCUGUGUCCCUCCCAAGAGCCUUGUGAGGCAGGCUCUGCAAGCAUACCCCCCGUGUCGUAGGUGAGACAACUGACACCAGGGAUAGCAGCUCAGCUAAUUAUAGCCUCCCUAAUUGGCGUCUGCACCACAUUCCGUGUUUUUCUCAGGUAGUGGUGGGAGCGUUCCUGAGCGCCCAGCCUGGAUCCCAGCUGUCCUUGUAUCUUGGUGCAGGGCUCUCACGGCACAGCUUGUCAGGCACUUCACUCUCCCCAACACAGUGCUCAUAGCUGAGGCUCACUGCCUUCAGUGGGUCUCUCGCUCCCUCUCUCCCAGGCCCUGCAUUUGUACCUCACAGGGCUGGUGGACAAAGUUUGCAGUUAACGGAAGCAGAGUCAUGAAGGAUCCCCAGGAGAAGGCCAGUGCCCACCAACGCAACAGGGACAAAGGGCUCCCUCAGACACCAUUGGUGGGAAUGUAAGUUAGUGCAGCCAUUGUGGAAAAUAGUACACCGGUUUCUCACGAUCUAGAGGAGUCCACAUUGUAGUGCAGCAGGGAAAGCCGCCCCCUGCGAUGCUGGCAUCUGAUAUGGGCGCCGGUUCGAGACCUGGCUGCUUUGCUUCUGAUCCAGCUCCCUGCUAACGUGCCUGGGAAAAGCAGUGGAAAAUGGCCGAAGUGCUGGGGUCCUUGCACCCACUUGGGAGAGCCAGAAGAAGCUCUGGGCUCCUGGCAUUGGCCUGGCCCAGCCCUGGCCAUUAUGGC